UUUUGCAAAUAUUUUGGCGCCAAAGUUUUCACUUCUCCAAACAUUUUGUCCCUGAACAACUCUUUUUUUCCAGUAAAUAACUCGAUGGACAUCUUAAACUGCACCCCUCUACAAUGGUACGACCAGGAAACCCAUUUCUUGGAGAUGUUAAACGACGAAACAACUUGGACCAAGAUACCGCUAUUAAACGUAAACGACCUCCACGAUCUUAAAGACUCUCGACUUGUCCGCUUCCAAGGCAUGAUCCAAGACAUGCACGGGCCCGAAUUUUACUUAGAAAAAUUUGAGGUUAUGAACGAGGAAACGAAAAAGGUGACCACCAGAGUGGGAAAAUACAUUGAUAUAGCGUCGUGUGAGCCGCACGAAAUCAUCGAUGGUGAUGGCUCCUCAGUUGUUCGAAGCGAAAGACAGACGUACGUAGCCAUUUCAGUCCCUGCGGUCAACACAUGGGCAUAUAAAUUAGAAGAAAGUGUCUAUAAACUGACGAAUAACCCUCAACCCUCUACGUCGUGUCAUAGUCAAGCUAAGCGCCCCCUUGACGAAAUGGAAACUGAUAAUUGUGACCCCUUGGAGCAGUCAAAUGAUAACAAAAAACAAUGUAUGCAAGUGAAGAAUAACAAAGCUUCAAAUGUCGUUUCACAAGAGCACUUACUCAAUUUCCCCAUUCCUGAUUCCAAUGGGAAAGUUUGUCAUGUCAAAGUUUACCAGAAUUGUGACUCUUUGAAAAUAAAUAGCGUGUGUGAGUUUGUCGGGUUUCUAUCAGUGGAUCCGUCUCUAGCGACGCACGACGAUGACGAGAUGAACGACGUCGAGUUUCAAGUUCAUAAUCCGCCCCCGUCUCUCGUCCCCAGGAUCCAUUGCGUUUCAUUCAAACCCUUGAAGCACAACAAUCCUCUAAUCAAUGAGUCAAUGCCAAGUGAACGAAUGCCAGUUGUUAGAAAGGAGCUUCUGAUUUUAUUGACUCAGUUGCUGUGUGGGGACGAACUAGCCGCUGAAUAUUUCAUUUACAACUUGAUUUCAGAAGUAUAUUUGAGAAAAGAGUUGAUGGCUCUAGGGAAAUUUUCUCUCAAUAUUUCCAACACGCCGCAGCUGGAAAAUCUGGACUACGUGCAAGAACUGUACAAGUUUCUGGAGUUAAUGGUGACCAAGAGUCACUACUUGGCCAUGUCUUUGGAAAACAUGAAUGAACUCACCUUCGUUCCCAAGAAAGAUUACACGUCUAACCGUUUGACGAGCAGCAUUUUGCAACUGAGCGCGAACACCCAUCUCGUUGUCGACGAGACGAAAUUGACCCCGGGUAAACUGAACGAAGCCGGAGUGGCAGGAGUGAAAGCCAUAGCCAGUGCGAUUAAAAACCAAAAAACAAUGUACGAUUUUACCUACUAUCAGAUAGAGUUCGACUGCGACAUUCCGUUUUUGAUUUUCUCGGAAGGAAAGUCCAUGUUGCCGAGUGACGUCCACGUUGUUCUCGAACCGGACGAAAUGCACUUGAACACGUUCAGCGAAAUCCUCCAAGCAGCUCGACAUUUUUUGAAGCCGGAAUUGUUGAACGAAAUUCGGGUUUAUUUGACGUCGGCGAGAUUGCUCGAUUAUAACAUAUCGGACGACAUACAAGAGUUAGUACAAAACGAGUUUGUCAAUAUGAGACAAAAGGGCGGCGUUUCGGCUGACGAUCUUCACAAUCUUCUCGUGUUGGCACGACUGGUGUGCAUUUCAGAGGGGAAACACAGUCUCGACGAGGAGUGUUGGAAGAAAGCGUGCGCUUUGGAAGAAACGCGCAAAAAUAGGUUGAAAAAACGUCCAUAGUUUACUCUAUUUUUAUUUUGUACCGUUAAUGUUAACAAUAAAAAUUAACAAAAA